AUGCUUGGGGACAAGUCAGUUCACGUUGAAGUCCAUGUGAGUAAGGGCCAGAUUGUUAAGAAAUCGUACACUCUAUACCUCAUAAAUUUGAAGAUCACCAAAGAUGGCGGGUUAGAGAGUUCAUUCCAUUCUUUGAGAAGAUUCUCUGAAUUUGUUCAGCUGAAGAAAGACUUGGAACAAGAAGUGGGAUGUGAGCUACCAUAUGAGCUACCUCCGCGCCGCUUCAUCGGCUGGCUAAGGCCUGCAAGUUCAUGUGAUCCGGAUGUCAUCGAGGAGCGUGUUCGUGAACUAACUACUUUCUUACAAGACUUGCUUAAUGACUCUUUCGACACGAGAUGGAGAAAAGCGCGGUCCUUAUGCCAGUUCUUACGCAUCCCAGAUGAUUGGGAUAAUUCAGGAGCUGAUGGUAAGCACGGCAACCGUUCGCGUGACUUUCAUUCGUCCAAAGACCCGCAGGAAGAGGACCUUGCGGACGCACAAAAAUGGCUAGAGGAACUCCGCAACUGCAAGAUUCUUUAUGAAGAAGCAAUACAAAAUACAUCUUCGUUUGCCAAAGCGAGUGUUCAGCUAAGACUGCGAAUUCACAAUUUGGAAAAAGGGUUGAAGAAAAUUGAAGCUGGACAGCUUGUUGGUGCAGCUGAAGUCAACCGUCGCCAGACUCUACUAAAUGGCCUAAAAACAGACCUGAACCGGAGCUCUCUCACCUGGGCGCCUCAGAGUACAGAGACUUUCGACUCUGGACUUCUUCCUACAACAAAUUCACAAGCCCUCAAGCCUAUUGCUGGCAGGAAAUUAGGGGAAACAAACCAAACCACUCGCCUGAAUAAUCAGGAGCUCCUCCAACUUCACAAAGACACCACACAGGAGCAAGAUAAGGAGCUAGAGCAACUGAGGAGAAUUAUACUUAGUCAAAAAGAUUUGUCGCUUACAAUGAAUCAAGAACUCGCUCAGCAAAACGAAUUACUGGACUAUAUGGGAAAUGAAGUUGACUCCACUGCCAGCAAGUUACGCUUAGCAAACCGGAAGGCCAAAAAGUUUAAUGGGAACUGA